AGCGUUUUCUCUCAGGACAUGUACUGGCCUCCAUGAGUUCCGUGCAGCUCCUUCCAUAGUGGAAAAAUCUUGGCAAAAAUUACCAUGGAACUGAGCGGGGAGCAGCUGAAAAAUGCUGAGAUCCAGCUGAAAAGAUAUUUACCUCAGUCACUGCAGGUUUACGGUUGUUUGGUCUUAAUAAACAGAUCAGAUCGUGUCAGAUCAGACCCUGUAAAGGUAUUAGUGGACAGAUGGCCAGAGUUCAAGGUCAUUGUAUGCAAACCCGAAUAUGAACAGGAGGGCGAUCUCUUCAAAGACACACUGGUUUUUGCAAACGAUGAAGCUGUUCUAGAGGAAACCAUAAGGAAGUCCUCUGUUAUUGAUUGGACCAAGUGCCUUUGUAUUGGAACCAACCUUCGCCACAUUGACGUCUUCAGAACAGUUGCAUCAGAAAAAGAUGUCCCCAGCAGCAAACUGGCUGUGUGUCACAUGAUGACACUGGAAGACAUAUCCAACCUUCCCUCUAUAGACAGUUCAGGGAUCUCACUAAGUUCUCUGGAUGAAUCACAUGUUGGAAUGGUGAAUCAGACAUGGAAGUUUAGUAAAAACAUGGAGGCUGUCAGGAUGAUCCGGAACAUGCUCGCUAACUUCCCCUCUUGCUGUGUGCUGGAUACGGAAGCAAAGCCGGUGUCCUGGAUCCUGACCUAUUCGUCGUGUGCUAUGGGAAUGCUGUACACUCUGCCAGAGCACAGAGGAAAAGGCUACGCCAAAGUCCUGGUCAGCACCAUGGCCAAGAGACUGCACGCUGAGGGAUACCCAGUGUACUGCUUCAUAGAGGAGGACAACGUGGUCUCCUACAGGCUGUUUAAAAGCCUGGGGUUCACUGAGGACCCCUCAUACAGGACAACAUGGUUUGGAUUCAGUGAUCUUUAA